CGAAAAAAACUCACAGUUUGUGAACAGUGUUUAAAAAGUGUUUGUGAAAAAAAAUAAGUGAAUAAUAAUGCCUCCUAAAACCAGUGGUAAAGCAGCAAAGAAGGCCGGUAAAGCCCAAAAGAAUAUUACCAAGAGUGACAAGAAAACCAAGCGUAAGCGCAAGGAAUCUUAUGCCAUCUAUAUUUACAAAGUGUUGAAGCAAGUACAUCCCGAUACUGGUAUCUCAUCAAAGGCCAUGAGUAUCAUGAACAGUUUUGUUAAUGAUAUCUUUGAACGUAUUGCCGCUGAAGCAUCUCGUUUGGCUCACUACAACAAGCGUUCAACCAUCACCAGUCGGGAAAUUCAAACUGCUGUCCGUCUAUUGUUGCCUGGUGAAUUGGCUAAGCAUGCUGUCAGUGAAGGUACUAAGGCUGUCACCAAAUAUACUAGCUCCAAGUAAAUUUUUUACCUUCUGGUUGUCAACAAAUGGUUUAUCUUAUUUCUUUAACAUCAACUACAACAACGGCCCUUCUCAGGGCCACAA